GCGAACCAAUCACCAACAAACGCAGCACAAACAUUAUUUAACACUACACUAAGUCCGAAAUGGUGAAGAAAGAAGGAGACUAUUCGAAUACCUCUCGUCGUAGUACUGUUAUUUUGUUCUUCGUUGGAGCUAUCGUUGUGCCUUUUGCAGCUGCCAUUGUCCCUAUGGUGAUGAGGCCCAACAAACUUGUUUCUGAACAGCAGCGGAAUCAGAAUUCUUUAUUUUUUCUCGCCGUGGGUGUAUCUGCUGCCCUGGGUUUGGCACUGUAUUUGUAUCAUGACAAGAAACAACAAACUGUUGUAGACGACAACAACGGCGACAAAGACCGAGACGACGGAAUUAGCGCUCCCAAACAGCCGACUGCUGCUGCAAAGCCAAAAGAUAUUUGGAAAGUAGGGGCGAACAACCAAAAUGUUUUGAAGAAACCAAAAGCAGCGUACAACGAAAAGCCGUUUGGCAGCAGCUACUACUACGCUCACAACGAUGCCAACACGACCGGGGGUUACAAGGAUGGUUUGAAAAUGGAGGAUUAUCGUAUGAACGGACCUCGUUUGCUCAGCGUUAACGGACUAUCGGUGAGCGAUGACGAUGAUCAAGGAGGCGACAACAAUGGCGAGGCAAAUGAAGAGGUCGCUGCAGUUGCAGAGAACACCGUCCCUGCCAAGAAGAGGAUUACUGCACAAGAUCCCAAUAUGAAGAACAUCACAAAGUAUUUGUGGGAUGAUUCCGGUAACGGAAAAGGAAUUGCUACUAUUCGUGUAGAUGUCUUACCGGGUGACAAGCUAGGAGAAUUUGUUGACUGGAAGGACGUCGAUAUCAAAGACGUCACCGCGACGCUGCCAGGCGAAGGUCUUCUGGCGAAGAUUAUUGUUGGCGAAAACGACAUGCCUACCUACCAGCUCAGAAUCGAUAAACUUUACGGCGAUGCCGCCGAUGUCAAGGUCAUCAUCAAGCCGAAGCGGUUGCUUAUCAAARUUUACAAGAAGAAGCACGGUUUUCUGUCCAAAAACGACAACAAUUUGGCGGCCUGGCCCCAACCACAUAGGAAAAUAUAAUGCAUAGAAACGGCGCAGAUAACAGAUGUCAAAAGAAAAAGAAGUAGCUAUAUGUGGUUCGAAUCCGAUAUGUUUGGAUGAUGUCAUAUAAAUUUGUGCUCAGAAA